AUGAGAGGGGAAUUUGUUGCUCGGUCUCGUCGGUCGGUCAAUGGGGAGGGGGGACAGAUCACUCUUAAUUUGUGGGCGGUUUACAAUUCGGUGGGAAUUUCUCGUGAGGGCGUGGCUGCGAAAUCUUCUUGUAGGGCAAAUUACCACGCAGGUGGGGGGCCUUUCUCUGGGUACCAGCGGAGCGGCUUGCAGCCCCCGGAGGGAAGGGAGUAGCACCAAAGUACGGGGUAUGUGAGCCGCUCCGCUGGCCCCUGCUCGGGGGAGCCACUGGCGUGGGGCCUGGCUCCUCUACGAGGAGACCGCUGGAGAGAG